CAUAUGUUUGAUUACUUGUAACAAUAGAAGUACUUUUCAUAGAACUUAAUUAUGGUAUUCUAAUAGAUAUCGGAGGAUCCAAAGGUCGAUUAAGGCGUGCAUGGAAUGACAACGAGACCAAGAGUUGAUGGAGCUAAUCCCAAACGCAAACAUCGAGUCAUCACUGGCUGUGUUUACGAAAAUUUCAAGCCUAUUUAUGAAUGGAUACAAGAAGAUGAUCAUGACAGUCUUCUUGUUUAUCUACCUGGAUUCUCAAAAGAGUUUAUCAAGGUUACAAUAGAAAAUCCAAAUAUUCUUCACGUUCUUGGGCAACGUCUUAUUCCAGGAAACAAAUGGCAUUGGUUUCAUGAAGAUUUGAAAGUUCCUGAAAAUUGCAAAGUGAACGUAAUUCGUGCCAAAUUCGAUGGCGGAAUCCUCACCAUUACUAUGCCUCACAAGAUCAUCAAUCCACUCACCAUCCAAGAACCCAUGAAAAGAGAAACACAAGAUACAAAAUCAACAAAGCCCAUUUCUUCAACUUUAGCUUCCACUAUUCCAUCACAACCAUCAUUAAAUAACCCUACAAAACCUAGCAAUGAAAGUAAAAAUGGUCACAUGUCAUUAGAUCAAGCCAUGGGAAGGAUUAAAGACGAAAGAAAGGUGAUAGUGAACAUGGGAGUGGUAGCAACGACGGUGGUGGCGGUGGCAUCGGUGGCAGUUGGGAUUUAUAUGUUCCCUACUAUGUUGGAAAUUCAAGUAUAGGGAAUUAAGUAAAAAGUUGUGAAAUUUGCGAAUGGUUCACUUUAUAAAA